UGGUCCAAGAGUCUUCAAGAUGCCAAACUUGGGUGGAGGAGCAAAAUGUGGAGCCUGUGAAAAGACCGUCUACCAUGCAGAAGAAAUCCAGUGCAAUGGGAGGAGCUUCCACAAGACCUGCUUUCACUGCAUGGCCUGCAGGAAGGCUCUUGACAGCACCACAGUGGCAGCUCAUGAGUCAGAAAUCUACUGCAAGGUCUGCUAUGGGCGCAGGUAUGGCCCCAAAGGGAUCGGGUACGGACAAGGUGCUGGCUGCCUCAGCACCGACACAGGGGAGCACCUCGGCCUGCAGUUCCAACAAUCCCCAAAGCCAGCACGCUCAACCACCAGCAACCCUUCCAAGUUCACUGCCAAGUUUGGAGAGUCAGAGAAGUGCCCUCGAUGUGGAAAGUCAGUCUAUGCUGCUGAGAAAGUCAUGGGAGGUGGCAAGCCUUGGCAUAAGACCUGUUUCCGCUGUGCCAUCUGUGGGAAGAGUCUGGAGUCUACGAAUGUCACUGAUAAAGAUGGAGAGCUUUAUUGCAAAGUUUGCUACGCCAAAAAUUUUGGCCCCACAGGCAUUGGAUUUGGAGGCCUUACACAUCAAGUAGAAAAGAAAGAGUGAAAAGGUGACCCCUUUCUCACAACCUUCACCAGCCAAAUACACUGCCAAGUAAUCCGGCAGAUGAGAGCUUUCCCCAAACAGCCUCAUUUGUAGCUGAACAGCUUUUCUCUUCAGAAGCGAUCAUACACUUUACAAAGUGAGAAGAAAUCUUUGGAAGAAAUUAUUUAAAAUUUUACCUACAACAGAUGUUUUAUAAUUUACGAUCCUUGGGGUGGGAGAGGCAGUAAAUAAAUAUUUCAAUGGUACUUUGUAUGGCUCUGAA